AUGACGAAGAGGCCCCGUCGCGGCAUUCGCCGUCCUUCACGCGCGGCAGGGCGCCUCGGCAGCGACACCGAAGAAGCGGAAAAUGCUGCGCUGUGCCAGCGUCACCCGGAGGAGCACGCGGGCAUCUUCCAGAGUCAACACAUCAAGCCCUUUCCCGUCCGCGCAGCCAUCGACAUCGGCACCGGCGGUGUUGUGUCGCUCUGUGUUGCCCGCGUGGACGCCACGGUCGGCGCCAUACAAAAACUCAUGUACCAGACGCAGCUGCCCCUGCAUCUCGAGGCACUGCCAACUUCGAUGUCGAGCCCUUCAUCACCCCUGUCAGCGUCGUCGUCGUCCUUCACGCUAAGCGAGCGUACGAUGGAAGACAUCACAAACAAGGUACACAUCUUGCAGGGUGCGAUGCGGCGCAACGCCUUUGAGGGCCUCAGCGAGCGCGCCGCCGUGCUGUCGUGGCCACUCUGCCUCGCGCGCAACGCCGGACAGCUCGCCGAACGGCUGACAAAGGAAUUCAAGGUCGAUGUUCGCGUUCUCGGGGCGGAUUUCGACGUUGAAUGGCCACCGUCUGUGGCAAGGUUCCUAGCUGGUGAGGGCGCGAGCACGCCUGAGACGGCAGAUGAUAGCCGCAGCACCGUCGACAAGGGCACCCGGGACAGUGUUACCCGCAAGGGCGCCGAGAACACGCUCAAGUCGCUGCUGUGUGCAGCACGCGCACCCACGACGUCGGGGCUUGCAAGGCAUAAAAGAAAAGUGACAGCGCCGCCAUCGUCCGGGUCGGCGUCAAGCCGCGGUGCGAUGGACGCCCGCACACAGCUCGACACACUCGCCUUCCUCGCGCACGCCGCUGUAAGCCAGUGCGUCGCCCCGCAGCGACUUCUGGUCCUUCACGAAGAUCCGCAGCGCGGCCUGCGCUUGCUAGGACUGGGAACAUCGGCCGCCGAUGACAUCGCUGAUCUCCUAGACGACGCGACAACGCCGGAGGAGCGGCAGAGCCUGUACGCUAUCGCGCACGGGCCGGGACCGUCCUUGCUUGAAGCCGGUGAGAGGACGCCGUCCAGCGGAAAGCAAGUCUUCGUAGCAGCUCACGCGCAGUCACGGCAACAGGCGUCCUUGUUGCCGACAUUGUCAUCAAUGAGAGACUGUCAGGGCUCCGCUGAUGACGGCACCAGCAGCGAUGCGGCGCCAGCAGCAGCGUCGCUUAUGCGCCUCGUCGAGCACCCCCUCCCCGUGGACGUCGCGAGUGCGCACCGCUACUGCAUUACGCAGAUCCAACGUCGUCCGCUGGAGUCUUACGGUCUGCACGCGAGCAGCCCGAACCCGCUUCUCGCCGACGAGUUCGCAGCACUGCGCGGUCUUCUUGUGGGCAUGAUACAACCUACCCUGCCAGCAUGGGUGCGGCGCAAGGCACAGCUCGGAGGCGUGUUGUGCGGGACGAGCCACAACGGCGGCCUGCUGAACCUUGCGGCUCGCGUGUCGCAGCAGACGCACGUCUCCUUGGAGCACCUGGAAGUGCACGCGCAGUACCACUUCUGUGGCCUCACCGACGUCCUGCUUGCGGAGUCUUUCCCUAACCCGUUCCUCGUGCUGCCGAGUGUGGCGCUGACGGCGGCCGUGCUGCGAUCGCUGGAGUCACCGCGCAUCACGUAUCUUCCCGAGGUAAGCGUGGCGGCCGCACUGCUGGUGCAGCCCUCCUUAUGGCUGCACGCACGAGCAACCGAGGUGCGGGCGAGGCUUGCGCGGGACCCGUUCUACGCAUCCACGACGGCAGCCCAGCGCGGCCGUAUGUUUGGCCGGCCGCACCGCAAGGACAACCCCACCGCCGCCCCAGACGCGACGUGGGUCAAGGAGGGUCGCUGGAACCCCAUUUCUUUCAGCGAGAGCAUGCGUGGGACGUGA